CACUUCAAACUUGGAUGCCUUUGUGUCAAUACGAUAAUCCUACUUCUAAUAGCCGAGUACUUCUGUCGAGAUUACAGCGGUCUAAUUUUAUGACUUUUAGGGAACUUUAACGCGUUUUUCUUYCUUGGCGUACAAUAUUUUACCCAUGUUAUCAUUGUCUCGGCUUUCUUAGGAAAGGUCACGCAUUGAGGGAAGACAUCAACAAAGCAAGGAUUAUGAAGACUUUGAUGAUAUUCAAAGUGUUUCUCUUUUGUAUUGUAUUGAAGUGUUCUUUCACUAUAGUCCCCAUCACUGGUUCGCGCCUUGAAGAUAACAUAUGCAACAUAUGCUCGUGCAGCACGAAUGGUGGAUUUCAAGUUGUUAAUUGUUCGUCAAGUUACUCUGUGCCAGCCAUGAUUCCUGAAGGAACGACUUAUCUAGAUCUGUCCAACAACAACAUUUCUACUUUAUCUGAUGCUGAUCUUGACAGAUUUAAAGACGUCAAAGUCUUGRAUCUACGUCGAAACCCUUUGGUGUGCGAUUGUCGUCUUGCUCUGUCAAUCAAACGACUGACGUCAUCAAGUGACGUCAGGGUGAUCGGAUAUUGUUAUUUUCCAGAAUCAUCUGUUGCUAUGGAAAUAGAUAAAGCUGACCCACGGACCAUAUGCCCCAACAGCACUAAACCAGCAAUAAAAAGGCACCGACGAUCAGUGGCUGUUGUCAACUGUACUAUUGGUUCACCGACCUGUGCAUUCAUCCUUUGUCAUAACAACAAGUACUGGUUGCCAAUAACGACAGACUGGGGAUGUUGUUAUGGUGAUAUUCAUGAUUUGACUUCGUCGUACUGUAUUGGAAAUGGUGUUGGUAUUACAAAGUGUUCYAAUAACGACUUUCGUUGUAACAAUCAGCAUUGUGUACCGCAAGAGUGGACAUGUAGCGGUUCUAAUGAUUGUCAAGAUGGCAGUGAUGAGGUGAAUUGUGGGAAAUGCAGGAAYCCUGCUACAUUUCARUGCAAAAACAGARAACGAUGUGUUGAUAAACACCGGGUAUGCGAUACUUACAACGACUGUGGUGAUGGCUCAGACGAAACCUAUUGUAGAAARUCGUAUCUGAUUGGCUGGUGUGGGGUGGAAUUUUUUCGAUGCGCCAAUGAGAAGUGUGUUUUUAAAGGCAAAGUAUGUGAUGGUAACGAUGACUGUGRCGAUAACUCGGACGAACAUGGAUGUAUAAUACAUAAUAGUGCCACCAGGUGUGAAAGCGGUUGGUCUUUUUACAAGAACAAGUGCUACAAACGCUUCAAGUCAUCUUUAACAUGGAAUGAUGCUCUGCAAAGCUGCAUCUCAAACAACGCUUCCCUUAUAAAGAUGACAUCAUCAAAUGAAAAAGUGUUUCUUCGCAGCCUCGUUCCUGGAAAAACAGCAACUACCUACUGGAUUGGAUUAAGAAACUACAGCAAURAAUUCAGAUGGCCUGAUGGUACUUUAUUGAACGGUUAUAUAGCGUUUGACCAGACAAAUUCAACGUCUUUUACUGGACAGUGUAUUGUACUGGAAAAUGUUGGUAUGAAGUGGCGUUUACAUGACUGCUCGGCUAAAAAUCCAUUUCUGUGUUCUAAAGAUGCUACUUGUAGGCUUCCUUGUCUGAACGGAGGCUCGUGUAGUUUGUCGGGAUGUCUUUGCACAUCGGGCUGGGCUGGGGAAUACUGCAGUUACAAACGUCCUGUCAUYAAUAUGCCAUUGUUCCAAACAAUACGUGUAMAAUUUAACUCCAACCUGUCAUUCAGCUGUCAAUCAACUGGUAUACCACGCCCACAUAUUGACUGGUUAAUCAACAAACAAACCGUUUCCUCGCAACAGACCGUCUGGAAGGCCCUGUAUGUUACAAAUAUAACGGUUAACGUCAAGAAUACAAUGGAACUACAAUGUUCUUCAMRRAAUCGAGGAGGAUUGGCUCUUGCCACCGUGCGACUUGUUAUAGAAGAUGCUGAUAUAGCAAGCGUCAAGGCAGCUAUUCGUCUCACUCAUGUCAAGUACAUUGACUCUCUGAARGACACAUCGUCUGACGAGUACCAAUCCCUCGCAACAAGAGUCAUCCGAGCUGUAUCGAGUGUCUACUUGAACAACCCAGGCUACAGAAGAACCAGUAUUGUACAAUUCAGACGAGGGUCCGUCAUAUGUGAGUUCAUCCUACAGCUCAGUGCUCAAAAUAAAGAUCACCUGACGGAAUUACUACGACAAACCGUUAGAAAGGGCUCCAUCGCUGAGUUUAAAGUCGAUAAAAAGUACUUACUUACAGAAAAAAUAACUAAAGUUUGUCCAUAUGACUUCUUUAAUGUCUCGUGGCCUGUAACUUUACCCUCCAGUACUCAUGUUCAGCGGUGUCCUAACGAUGGACUUGGAACAGCAAGGAGGAAAUGCAGUGAUGAAGGAAAAUGGGAAGUACCUGACUACAAUGACUGCGCAUCUAAAAAUAUCAUGGAGCUGCAAACACAGAUGGCUUCAGUUUUAAACAAGACGAUACCAUCACCUGAUCAAGUCCAGGAAAUCCUUACCAAUCUUGCCAAGGAAUCAUCRAGACCACAGGUCAAGGGUGACAUCAAAAUAUCGACUCUGAUAUUGUCUGAAGUCGUUGAGUACAACGAAAAACUAUCGAAUGAUGUGGAGAAAAGUACUAGCAAUAUCGAGAACUUCUUGUUGACAGCAAGUAACCUGCUUGAUGAUCAGAAUAAUGUGCAAAUGAAACUACUUCAGCAGUCUGAUAACACCACUACAUUGCUAAUGUCGGCAUUAGAUGGCUUUAGCUUACAAGCUGCGGGAAGUCUGGGGACAAGUCAAGUGCGCACAAAACAAUUUGUAGCSAGAAAUCUUGUUAUGGGUAUCGCUGUGUUGUCAAGUGUCACAGAUGAUGACGUCACAUUCCCUGAUUAUAAUGACAGUCGUAUGACGUCAUUACCCGAGUGGCAAUCAGUGGACAGAAGUUACAUUGUUUUACCAAAUUCUGCUUUCAACGCGUCUCGAGUUAGCAGAGUUUCAAGUUUGCUCUACAGAACGUUGUCAUUAUUCCUGAAUAUUACCAGUGCAUAUGAUGCCAUUGGUAGCGAGKYUUUUUUGGGAUCAAGAAUCAUCGCUGCUUCUAUUAAGCCCACUGUGUCGCUUGUGGAUCCUGUGGURACUAUUUACAACAAUGUUCAGAAGUCCAGGCAUCCACCUUYGUGUGUGUUUUGGGAUUUUCAAUUGAAUUCCAAUGGUGGUGGUUGGUCACGUGAUGGAUGCCGUAUGACGUCACAAGAUGGUGGUAGAGUCACGUGUGAAUGUGAUCACAUGACGAACUUUGCUGUGCUUGUGAGUUCAUAUCAACUUAAGGAACACGAUCUUCCCCUGCGUAUUAUAACGUUCAUUGGUUGUGGUUUGUCUCUUCUUGGUCUUGUGGUAACACUUCUAGUACAUGUAGUGCUUUGGAGGAGACUGAAGUCCAAUAAAACCACAAUCCAUGUAAACCUGUGUGUUGCUCUUCUCGUUGCCAAUGUAGUGUUGCUUGCUGGUUUGGACAAGACGUCAGAUAAAAUUGUCUGCACCGCGAUUGCAGCCAUUUUGCAUUAUUUCUUCUUGUCCGCGGUGGCAUGGAUGCUAGUGGAAGGAAUUCAGAUUUAUGUCGCUAUAGUGAUGGUGUUUGAAACAGAUCGAAAGGGAAAAUACUUCUUUCUGAUUGGCUGGGGCUUGCCUGUUUUGAUUGUUGGCAUAGCAAUGGCUGUGACGCAAAUGAAKGGAUAUGGCACCCAAACAGCAUGUUGGCUGUCCGCUGACCAAGGUUUACUAUAUGCCUUCAUUGGACCAGUCGUGGUAGUUGUACUGGUCAAUAUCGUUAUUUUUGUUCUGGUUGUUCGAGCUAUGAUGACCACACAGAGAAUGGUGACAGCGGACGAGAAACAGAAAGCCAGGUUGGCUGCAAAAUGCUGUGCAGUGCUGCUGCCCUUGCUCGGUUUAACAUGGAGUUUUGGUGUCCUAGCUAUUGACCAAAAUGUCGUCAUAUUUUUAUAUCUUUUUGCAAUCUUCAACUCGUUACAGGGUUUCUUCAUAUUUGUCUUCCAUUGUUUAUUGGAUCAGCAGGUACGUUCAGCUGUAAGUGCGUGGCUAAUUCUGAGAGAAAGUUCAGAGUCUGGUUUAAAACUUAAGGUCAUUUCUUCUUCAUCCGAUCACAGUAAACAUAGAGAACACAUUAAUAGGAUUACUACAGAUUCAUUAACACCAUUUCCUGAUGACAUCAGAACGAGUAGCAAAGUAGCACCGAAAUAUGUAAGUACCAAAUACAAGCCAUCAAAAACCUGACAUCUAGUAUGUUGGCAGUGUCUUAUGUAGUUGUACAUUGCUACGAAAAAAGUGUAGAUGUUGAUGAUUCGCUCUACCGCCGUACUUCUGACGAUUAUUGCUCGGGACUGUCACCAAAAAAUCGAAGCUCAUCCCGAUCAUGGCGGGACUCGUUGUUCUUGGCUCGGGACUCGAUGCCGUAUUAUUUUAAAAAACUCAUCGUAGAAUUUUCCUUUUAUUCGUGGUACAAUCGUAUCUCGGAUUGUAGGCUCUUCGCUCUUGGCUCGGGACUCUGUACUAUCCCGAUCAAAUCUCAUCGUGUACUUACUCUCCUUCUCGAGUAUCUGUUCUAUUCUGAUCCGAUACUCAUUUCUCAAAAUCGAUACAUUUGUCAUGAUUUGAUUCAAAAAUAAAAUGGAUGCAGAAACUAAAAUUGAAUAUUURCUAAUACGGUCGGGGAAUGCUUAACAGCUAUUAGCCAUUGGCUUUAAUUUAUGGUAAUUUAUCAGCUAAAGCUCCGGAAUAGAAUAAAACUCCGAAAUUUGCCUCUCUAUGCAGCUGCUUGAAGUGAGGCCACGUGACUUGUAAGUGGAAAUUUAUCGAUAAUUGCGAAGCUAUUACGUCAUGUAAUGUUAAGUGGCUAUCCGGCUACAAUCAYCGACUACCGAGUGACAUCCUCGAAGUAAAACAACUAUUCUACGCUUCA